AUGUAUCAUGAGGCUAUUGAGCCUUAUAUCUUUAUGUCGGGGUUGGCUUCCAUAGUCAACCUAUCAUACGAGUAUGUCGAUCAUGGAUUGAUCGUUUCCCUUGCAAAGAGGUGGCACCUAGAGACGAAUAUUUUCCACCUCCCGAUAGGUGAGAUGAGCGUCACAUUAGAUGACGUUCACAACCUGCUCCACCUACCUAUCAUGGGACAAUUUUGUGACGUGGAGGACUUAGAAUACGAUGAGGCUAGAUCUCAUCUUAUGGACAUGUUUGGCGUCGACCGCGCCAAAGCUUCAGCCAAGAUGAAGGUCUCGUACCUCCUUCUGUUGCGAGACUUGAAUGCCUAUGUGAGAUAUGCCUGGGGAGCAGCUAUACUAGCACAUACUUAUGAGCAGAUAGGAGAUGCUAGCUUCACUGGUGUCAGACAAAUAGCUGGAUAUUCCACUCUUCUACAGAGUUGGAUAUAUGAGCACCUUUCUGGCAUGGGAAGGAGGCGAGUCUCGGAUAGGUACACAUACCUCGAUCCACGGGCUUCACGAUAUAUACCUCUGAGGCAGGGAUGGAUCCGACUAGGUGACAUGAUUCACCGACAUUUGCCUGAACGUGUGUUGCGUCAGUUUGGUUUUCAGCAGAUCAUACCACGUUCGCCUGAGAGUCUUCUGAUACCAGACAUUCCUACGAUUGAUCUAAAUUGGCUGAGGUAUGUAGAGCAUGCCAUUAGUGGUGUUGCUAAGGCUCAUGAGCCCUCUGCGUAUGUUGAUGGAUACCUACUGUGGUUUAGACGAGUGUCCCACCCGUACAUCACUCCAACUGACGACGAUGAUCGACCUAGUCUUGCACCGCGCAUGAGGCGACACCUUCUGGAUGACAUCUUGUGCCCCCAGUUUGUCGUAGACGGUCUCCUGAAUCUGGAUUGGUGGUAUGAGGCGUGUGAUCAGGAUGCUGCACUAAAUCGGGAUGUGUCCAAAACAGGUCACUAA